AGCAACAAAUGCAGGAACCAUCAUUUGCAGCGGGUACAAGUGAGAACUUGUUCUCCUCGAGAUAAUUCCCUUCGAUGGAUCCCAGCCCCAAAUUCAAGACCAAGCACAACAGAAGUGCCGCCAAGCAGACCUCAUGGUUACAUCUGGUGGCUGGUGUCAACACUGCUCUCCGGAGGAAUCGUAUCUACCUACCUCACCCUCGGCGACGGCUCUGCUUGCGUCCUCCAUUGAUAAACCAUUCUAACCUGCUUGUUCAUGCCUGCCCGCCAUCAUAUUUUAGUCAUUCGCUGAGUCAGAUGCCGCUCAGCAAUGCAAUAUGUACAGAUAGAGAAGCAACAUGAUAGCUCGGGUCCUCCUCUGUCGCCGGGGCAUGCAUUUCGCUUCCAGCACCCUUCUGAGCACCGCAGAACAUGAGACCAUGCCCGAUGUCGCACGAUUUUCCGUAUAUAUAUACCAUGCAGCACGAAAAGCAAUAAAGCUCCGCCCAGGCUGUUUGAGCCCAGAUCCGCGAAGCAAGGAGACCAUGUCUCGAUGGGCGGAUAGCAGGGAAUUGUGCAUCCGGGCUCGGCCUCUCCCGAGAUAUUCUUGGGACCAACAACGGUCUGGACCCCUGGUUCUGGCGGUGUGCUUUGCUUUUGCAAACAUUCCGGGACGAUUGGAAAAGAAAAUUCUACGGGCGCCCUUCAGUCGCGCACGGUUUCUGCGCACAAGGAAGUGGCACGAGUCCGGCUGCCCGGCUCCCAAGCCCAUGGACCAAUUGAUACACAAUGCAGGGUGUGCACGUGGACGACUAUCUCCAGCGACUGAUGAGGCUCAGGCUGGUCAUGGUACCAGCAAACAUUAUCAUGGGUGAGGUGCAGAAUCCGAAAGCUUCCCCGGCAGCGCGAGUGGCUCGGACAGGGGAACGACAAGGUUUCCGUCCCUGGCCUGCAUCGCAUCCAAUAAUGAUAGGAAGCAU